AGCCACACCUACGCUCUCUGUCACACUACACCACAAACAGAACCAGGAAGCUCUUUUCGCAGAAAACGAAACUCACAAAUUUUCCUUUCUGAGUGAGUGUGUGAGUGCAGGAAAAUGGCAGAAGCCAGUAUUUCAGUAGAUCAGGAUCAGUUCAUCUGUCCAGUGUGUCUGGAUCUCCUGAAGGAUCCAGUGACUACUCCCUGUGGCCACAAUUUCUGUAAGGUGUGUAUUAAUGGCUUCUGGGAUAAAGAGGAUCUGAAGGGCGUCUACAGCUGUCCCCAGUGUAGAGAGACUUUCACUCCAAGGCCUGUUCUACGCAGGAACAACAUGCUGGCUGAAAUGGUGGAGAAACAAAAUAAGACUGAACUCCAAGCUGCUUCUCCCGCUCACUGUUACACUGGACCUAAAGAUGUGGCGUGUGAUUCCUGCAUCGGGAGAAAACGUAAAGCCAUUAAUUACUGUCUGGUGUGUCGGGCCUCCUAUUGUGAAGAUCAUAUUAAACCUCACUUUCAGUCUCCUGCCUUUAAGAAGCACAAGUUAGUUGAACCCUGUGCAGAGCUCCAGGAGAAGAUCUGCUCUCAGCAUGACAAACCGAUCGAGAUCUACUGUCGUACUGAACAAAGCUUCAUCUGUUACUUGUGUACGAUGGAUGAACACAAAGGUCAUGAUACGGUUGCAGCUAAAACAGAAAGAACUGAAAAACAGAAUGAGGUAAAGGAGAAGCAGAUGAAAUCCCAGCAGAGGAUCCAGGAGAAGCAGAAGAAAGUGCAGGAGCUGAAACAGACUGUCACCACUAUUAAGUUGCGUUCACAGGCAGCAGUAGAUGAGAGUGAGAAGACCUUUACUGAGCUGAUCAGCUCCAUGGAGAAAAAGCGCUCGGAGGUGAAGGAGUUGAUCAGAGCUCAGGAGAAAGCUGAACUGAGUCGAGCUGAACGACUCCUGAAGCAACUGGAGCAGGAGAUUGCUGAUCUUAAGAGGAGAGUCACUGAGCUGGAGCAGCUUUUACACACACACGAUCACAUCCACUUCCUCCAGAGAUUCCCGUCUCUCUGUGCUUCUCCUCAAAGUGAGGCCUCACCCAGCAUCAUCGUCAAUCAACAUCUCUCAUUUGAUGGAGUGAGGAAAUCUCUCUCAGAUCUGAAAAAACGAGUCGAGGAAAUGUGUGAGGAGGAAUUCAACAAAAUCCUUCCACAAGCUGCAGCACUUCAGAAAAGCAGAGAUGAUUUUCUGCAGUAUUUCUGUUAUCUGACUCUGGAUCCCAACACGGUACAUCGUCGACUCAUUCUGUCUGAGAAGAAUAGAGUGGUGAAGCGUAACAGGACAGAACAGCCAUACCCUGAUCAUCCAGAGAGAUUUGACAACUGGCCUCAGGUGUUGUGUAAGGAGAGUGUGAGUGGACGCUGUUACUGGGAGGUGGAAUGGAGCGGUGUUGUGUCCAUAUCAGUCUCCUAUAAAGAGAUCAACAGGAAAGGAGAGGCUCAUGAGUGUUUGUUUGGAUACAACAGUCAGUCCUGGAGUCUGAUGUGUUCUUCCUCUGUCUGUUUCCGGCACAACGGCAUUAAGACUCAGCUCCAAGGUCCAGUGUCCUCCAGAUUAGGUGUGUAUGUGGAUCACAGUGCAGGAAUUCUGUCCUUCUACAGCAUCUCUGACACGAUGAGGCUCCUCCACAGAGUCCACACCACAUUCACUCAGCCUCUAUACGCUGGGUUCAGUGUAGGUUGUACCUCAUCUGUAAGGUUAUGUGACUCAAAAUGAAAUGUUAGUAAAAGGGGUCAUUUAGUAUUAGUAUUAUUAACUGGCCAAGCACCCUCUUCUUAUUUACCUCUUCUUCUUCUUCUUCUUCUUCUUCUUCUUCUUCUUCUUCUUCUUCUUCUUCCUCUUCUUCUUCUUCUUCCUCCACGUGUUCUUUUUCUGGCUAGGGUAACUAUGACAGCCCAAAGAACCAUCAGUUAAAAAUUUGGGCCAAGGAUCUUCAGGUCUUCAGGACCAUGCCCUGAGGCUAUGCAGCAAAUUUUAUAACAGCCCCACUUACUGGUAAAAAGUUACAAUAUCAUGUCUAAAAUGCUUACAUAAGUGCAAUUUUACGACUAUUUAACUGUAUGCAUCAUUAACAAAUUGAUUAUACUGAUAUGAAACUGUUGGAAAUAAAAUUUUUUGGGGGGAAGCAACACACUGCGCGGUCCCAACAAAUACAAAACUGAGGGCUGACAGGCCCAGUUGAGAAAGACAGGGACGUGUAGAUCCAAUCAAGUAUUUACUCAUAUUAGCCACUCAUACUAACGACAGUAGUAGUAAUACUCACUAUUUAGGGGGUACAAAGUUAAUCAACGUGUAAUCAAAGUAGUCAGGGUUCAAAACAAUAUAUACGUGUAGUAUGUGAGGCUUUAUAGCCUCAGAGCGGGAAAUUUUGGAAAUAGAAUAGACAUGAAAUAAACACGAGGGAGACCAAGUAUGAGUAGUAUGUAAUUUUAUUGAGAAUUCACUGGGCUGGUGGACUGUAUGAACAGAUGUUCACCUAAGACAAAACACACACAGAUAAGCAAUGCGCAGGGGGAUAACAAUACAUGUUUUGGUUAGUGUGGCAGGCCUCAGGGUGUAGGAGGAGAACGUCUGCACGUAGGCACUAGUUAAACUAAGACACACACACACACACACACACACACACACACACACACACACACACACACACACACACACAGAGGCCUGGUGUAUAUGCAGAAAACAGAAAUAAACUAUUAUAGGGUAAUGUACAGGCAAGCACUAUAAAAAAGAAAUAGAGAACAAACAUAAAACAAACAUAAAAUUUACUCAUAAUGUAGAGAUGGUGUGUUUGGGGGUGUGGAGAGUCCUUUCUCAAUGAAGGUCCAGUCAGGAGUGACACAGACGAAGGUCAGGUUAUUUUUUAAGAGUGAAACAAGACAAAAUAUAAGGGUAUUGAUAUAAGAGCUGCACCUGCGAGAUAAGGGACUCUGGGAACGGCGAGGGCCUCGAGAUGUUGAUUAACAUAUGCAAUGGUGUUCUGGGUCAGCCUGACCCUAAGAAAACCGUAUAAAUAGGACAGCUUCAGCUCUGGGUUUUUUUAGAUCACUCUUGGGACAUCUCAACUGUGUGGAUCUCAUGGAACAAAUAAACUUGGACCCUUGCUUCUUCUCA